AUGUUAAACUCGGUUGUCUUCCAUGUUUUAAUCGAUGCAAAUCAAUUGCAAUGUUGCACAUGUCAGAGCACGACUUGGACUCGAUUUGUUGAUAAACUUCUGCCAAUGAUAUCUUCAUCUUAUCAAGGUCAUUAUGUACUUUUGAUUGGUUUCAUCGAAGAUGAAACGAAUGAAUUCAUUCGUUAUGCUGAUCCCGGUAAAACAGAUGGGUUUUGCACAACAACGAGAGAAAAUUUCGAUCAAGCACGCCGAGCAUUCGGAACAGAUGAAGAUCUGAUUCUUUGUUAUGAAAAGCAAUAG